CUGUGCUCCCCCCCCCACAUCUCCUCCUACGUGCUGCCAGCAGCUGAAAGAGUUAAGAAGAUUUGGCAGCUCCACGGCAACCGGCCAGCCAGUGAGGGGAAGAACCGGCUUCCGGCGGCCAUACGCAGGCGGUUCUCCUGCCCGGGAUUAAGUGGGAUAGAGAGAGAUUACAGUCCCUCUCUCUCCCUCUCGCUGGCUCGAUGCAAGCAUAUCAAUCCAUCCAGUCCCCGGGGAAUACUUUCCCCACAUGCACAUCCAUCUUCCCGCAUCAGUACCGAAGCUGAAACCAGCAGAAGGUGGCAGAGAAAAGGCGUGAGGGAGUCCCUUCAGUUGUCGAGAGCUGAAACAGUAACGAAGAACUGGGCAAAUGCUUACCGCCUCGGUCUUGGUGAGCGGUCGGCAGAGAGCCGGGGGUCAGAGGUCGGGGGUGUCCAGUUAGCCAUGAGGCAGGCGGCGGCGGAGGCUCAGGUGUUGACCCCCCACUUUGAGCUCGGAGAACAAGGCCUGCGGCAGGUGCUGUCGGACGUGAUCGAGGAGGUGAGGCGCUCCAUCGGCCAGGACAUCGACGGGGCCGACGUGUACGAGUGCCUACAGAGGUACCGGAGAAACCCUCCCCCCCCAGCUCUGGACUACGCCUCGGGCCUGUCGCUUCAGUUGCUGAUCGACAUCAGGUCGUCGCCCUGCUGCUCGGAAGAGGCCAGAGAGCUGUACCACCUCCUGCGCCAGCCGCACCUGCAGGCUCUGCUCUCCGCUCACGAUACGGUGGCCCAGAAGGACUACGAGCCCGUGCUGCCGCCGAUGCCGGAGGAGCUGCCGGACGAUGAGGAGGCCACUCGGAUCGUCUGCCUCGUCAAAAACAAACAACCUCUGCCUCGGACGGACUCUGUUGUCCGGCCGCUUCGGGACGGCCGUAGAGCUGGGCUGCCCGGUGUCCCCCCUCCCCGCGCCAACAGCUCCGUAGUGGCGGGCCGCAAUCCCUGGGUGGGGAGCCCCGCGGUAGAUUGGGCGGGGGGCGGCGUGAGGAGGGCCAGCUGCCCGUACCCGCCUCCGACCGGCCCGUGUAGAGUCUGUUUGUGGGAGCAAAGGUUGAACCACUCCGCGCCUUCCGUCUACGGCUCGGUUCCAACCGGCCCGCCUCAGAAACGUAGAAGCCAAAGCCCUCGGGUCCGAACGGCUCCCCCGAGCCCGGUGUUCCUCCAAUGCCGCCGGCCGGAGGAAGCCCCGGCCGGGCGGGGGGGGCUGGACGAGCUGAGGGAGAGCAUGCAGCUGGCGGCCAAUUCCGCGGAGAGCAGCGGCAAGGACGUCAAACUGGCGGGGGAGAAGGUGGCGGCCGCCGUGGAGCACAUGACGGAGAGCGUCCGGGACAACUCGCAGGCCCUGGAGCUCCUGACCCGGGCGGUGGACCGCCUGCAGGCGCUGCUGUCCAACUCCGGGACCCAGACGGGCCCCCAGACAGCCGCCGAAGCCAAGCACGGUUCCUCCGGGCGUUCCUCCGGGCGUUCCUCCUCCCGCUCCGGCGGAAGCUCCCCGAUCGCCAAAGCCAAGGGCUUCCUCUCCAGAUCCUGUCACGGUUCUCCUCGCGCCGCCUCGAAAACACCCGAGCCCUUUUCGGAGCCGUGCGGGAUUCCGCUUCCAAAUGGCCUGUUCGAUGAGCCCGGGAAGACACCCCACUGGGGAUGCUGGACAAAAAAGAGAAAAAAGGAGACGUGA